UUUACAGCAAACUUCACCACAGUCGUUAAUGUGAAACACACAUAGAAAGGUCUCAGGAUUCUAGUCAGCUCACAGAUUCUGAGAGGUGGGAGGCUCCACACAGGAUGGUGAAGGUCAACAUCUGUCAGUGCUGAGGUCAAUUCCUCAAGACUUGACCUAAAGCACAGAAGGGGAGGGAGGUAUGUGUGAUAACCACAAGCCCUAGAGGGCACCAGUCCAUUAGUACACAUGCCUACAAGGGACAGUGCCAAAUAAGAACUCAAAGGCCAACUCACUUGUUAGCAGGGAGUCCUGAUAUCACCCUAGAGGGAAAUGUCCCAGAGAGCUGGGUUAGAGAGAGUCAGCACUCAUCACAUGCUGAACCCCACACCACACUGUCCUUCUGUCAGAGGCUUGUGGGAGUGUGAGCGGAAGCUGAUCCAUGGAAGGGAAGACUGGGAGGAGAAAUACCACAGGACCGCUGUGAUAUUGAUCUGCAAAUGGGGCUUUUUUGAAUUUCUGCAUAGAAGAUGCUCAUCGCAGAGUGAAAGCCAGGAGGGCUUUUUCUGGUUAAGGCGUCCACUUUGGCUGAGGGUUAUGUACAGACCUCUCAAUGCCACACGCAAGAAAAACAUGGCCCAGAAGCUUUACGACAAGGAGUCUUCUGAUGAGGAAGAGAUUUACAAGAAGGAUGCAGGCGAGCCCAUAUCAACAGCAACACCUGUGGAUUCGGCUGCUGAAGGUGGUGAGGAAAGUGAGACAGUGCCAGAGGGGGAGGACGAAGAGUGAUCCAGCCUGCCUAAGGCCGCCUGCAAACUGUGUUUUCUAAUGUUGGCAUCUCAGCAUUGCUUGUAAGAUACUUAUUUUUCACACACAAAAAAUGUAUACAAUCUGGGCGGCGCCUGUGGCUCAACGUGUAGGGCGCCAGUCCCAUAUGCCGGAGGUGGCGGGUUCAAGCCCAGCCCCGGCCAAAAAAAAAAAAAAAAAUGUGUACAAUCUAUUGUCAAUUCCAGCCAGCUGGUAAGAAACUUAAACCCUUAAUAUACAUGCCACUCCCUUGAUUAAAGCAGCCUGCUGGGGGCUUAGCCAAGCAGACUUAGGGACUUCUAAGCUGUGAGUGUCCAUUCUCUUGUAGGAUGUCCUCAGGGUAGCCUUCAUUUGCCUGCCUGGGUCUUAGCUCCCUUUCAUAGAUAUGCAAAGUCACACCAGACCAGCCCCUCCGGUGCUAUCCUCAGACAUGCUGGUUUUCCUGCUGGGCCAACAACAGAAUCAGACUCAUUGCUGACAUGUGCACUUGUCUUCCUUCCCCUCCUCCUGGUGCCUGCUCCACACUCAGGUUUCUCGCUCUCUUCUGCUCCAUUUUCUGUCCUCCAUUUCUCCUCCUGGAUAUAGGACUAAAGAAUAUCUUGGCAUCUGGAGGAAAAGGAAUAAUUGCACCUGCCCAGAGGGCCCCCGUGCGGGGACAGCCCUGUUAGGGGAGGGCCCAGAGCAGACACAG